AUCUGCCUGAUGGCUAACUAUUUUCUGGUGGCCAGCUGUAACUGGAAACUAUUUUCUGGUGGCUGACCUACACUGACUACCUGUUUGUUGGACUACACUGGAUACUAUUCACCUGUUUGUUAGCCAGCACUGGAUACUUUUUUACUGUUUGUUAGCCAGCACUGGAUACUUUUUUACUGUUUGUUGGCCUGCACUGGAUACUUUUUAACUGUCUGCCAGUCUGCACUGGAUACUAUUUACCUGUUUGCUGGCCUACAUUUGAUACUAUAUACCUGUCCGCCAGCCUGCACUGGAUACUUUUUACCUGAUUGCUGGCCUACAUUUGCUACUAUAUACCUGUCUGCCAGCCUGCACUGGAUACUAUUUACCGGUUUGCUGGCCUACAUUUGAUACUAUAUACCUGUCUGCCAGCCUGCACUGGAUACUAUUUAUCUGUUACUGGAUACUAUUUCCCUGUUUGCAGACCUACACUGGAUACCUUGAAAGAUUUAAUCAGCCUGGUUCCUGCUGUAGCUAGUUGCUUUGUUGGCCAGGACCCUGGAGAAAUAAGGCCACCUAUAGAUGGGUCUGGUAGCAGAGAAGUCUCUGUGGAUGAGUGUUUAAAGAGCUCAGAAUGAGCGGAUCCAACAACUUCAGGCUCAACCCUAACCCUAGCACAGGCCUGAAUCCUAGCCGCACCCCCAAUACGCUCCUGGUGAAUGAGCCCAAGUGCUAUGGCUCCACGUUGUCCCUGGAGGAGAAGUGUGAACAGUCUUUCUUCCUUUUCUACUACUACAGGAUGGAGGAUGAGGCAGUGUUGGACCGAGGUGCAUCCUUUGUUAAACAUGUCUGUGAUGAAGAGGAGGUGGAAGGUCACCACACUGUCUAUAUUGGUGUGCAAAUGCCCAAGAGCUACCGCCGUCGAAGACGUCACCACCGGAGAGGCGGCCACAAGGACAGAAAGGAUCGUUUGAUGGAGAACAUCUCUGACAAGUCAGACACAGAAAACAAUGAUGAGGCCAGCAACAGCAUCCUCAAACCGCUCAUCUCUCCGGCUGGUGAGAGGAUUCGCAUUAUGCUUGGAGAAGAUGAUGAUGGACCGUCACCUCCUCAACUCUUUACUGAGCUGGAUGAGCUGCUCUCUGUGGAUGGCCAGGAAAUGGAGUGGAAGGAGACUGCCAGGUGGAUCAAGUUUGAGGAGAAGGUGGAGAAGGGCGGAGAGCGUUGGAGCAAACCCCACGUGGCCACCCUAUCACUCCACAGCCUGAUGGAGUUGCGGGCCUGCAUCGAGAAAGGAACCAUAAUGCUGGAACUGGAAGCCUCAACGCUACCACAGGUCGUUGAUUUGAUCACGGAGAGCCAGAUAGGGAAUGGUCUGCUCAAGGCAGAGCUGAAGGACAAAGUGACAUACACGUUGCUACGGAAACAUCGCCACCAGACAAAAAAGUCAAAUCUGCGCUCGCUGGCUGACAUCGGCAGGACGGUGUCCAGUGCAAGUAGGCUGUUUACCAACCAGGAUAACGGGAAUACAGCCCGUAGUCCACUUGAGAACUCAGUGCCUUGUCUAACAGUUCGCACCUCAGUGGAGGAGCUGCAGACCCAACAAAGUCCCAGCAUGGAUUGGCUUAGCAGUCCAGACACCACACAGCGGAACCUAAGCUCAUGCAGUAUGAACGACAUCUCUGAUAAACCAGAAAAAGAUCAGCUGAAGAACAAGUUCAUGAAGAAGCUUCCUCGAGAUGCUGAGGCGUCCAAUGUUCUGGUUGGAGAAGUUGACUUCCUGGACUCACCCUUUGUGGCAUUUGUCCGUCUACAGCAAGCUGUGAUGCUUGGAGCCUUGACCGAGGUUCCCGUCCCCACCAGAUUCCUCUUCAUCCUUCUAGGACCUAAAGGGAAAGGCAAGUCAUAUCAUGAGAUUGGAAGAGCCAUUGCUACCCUGAUGUCAGAUGAGGUGUUCCAUGACAUAGCGUACAAGGCAAAAGACAGAGAGGAUUUGCUGGCAGGCAUUGAUGAGUUUCUGGAUGAGGUGAUCGUUCUGCCACCAGGGGAAUGGGACCCAGCCAUUAGGAUAGAACCACCCAAGUCUGUGCCCUCUGCCGACAAGAGGAAGAACAUGUAUUCAGGGGCUGACAGUGGCCAGAUGAACGGCAACAUGCCCCAUGAGGGGGGAGGAGGGGGAGGUGGACACGCCGUCGGAGAUGAGCUGAAGAAGACGGGCAGGUUUUGUGGUGGCCUCUUACUUGAUAUCAAAAGAAAAGCUCCGUUCUUUGCCAGUGAUUUUUAUGAUGCAUUCCACAUCCAGGCAUUAUCUGCCAUCCUGUUUAUCUACCUAGGAACUGUAACUAAUGCCAUCACCUUUGGAGGGUUACUAGGUGAUGCAACCGACAACAUGCAGGGAGUGUUAGAGAGCUUUCUGGGUACAGCGGUAUCUGGAGGGAUCUUCUGUUUGCUGUCUGGCCAGCCUCUCACAAUCCUUAGCAGCACUGGACCUGUCCUAGUCUUUGAGAGACUGCUUUUUAACUUCAGCAAAGAAAAUGACUUUGACUACCUGGAGUUCCGGCUGUGGAUUGGUCUAUGGUCCGCGUUCUACUGCCUGUUGUUGGUUGCUACGGACGCUAGCUAUUUGGUGCAGUACUUCACCCGGUUCACAGAGGAAGGCUUCUCUUGCCUCAUUUCCUUCAUCUUCAUCUACGAUGCUUUUAAGAAGAUGCUAAAGCUAGCAGACUACUACCCUAUCAACUCCGACUACCACAUUGACUAUGUCACCCAGUACGACUGCAUGUGUAUGGCCCCAACCAUAUUAGCGAACUCUACAGAGAUGGGAGACCCUCUGGAUGCUGAGACUACUGCUGUCUGGUACUUCAACAACACUGAUCUUCCUCUAAAUGCCACGUGGUCAUCCCUGUCUAAAAAGGAGUGUCUAAAAUAUGGAGGAGAAUUGGUCGGGAAGGCCUGUCAGUAUGUUCCUGACAUCACUCUGAUCUCAUUCAUCCUGUUCCUGGGAACCUAUACCACCUCCAUGAUGCUGAAGAAGUUUAAGACCAGCCCCUUCUUUCCUACCUGGGUGAGGAAGCUCAUCAGUGACUUCGCCAUCAUCUUGGCAAUAAUGAUCUUCUGUGGCGUGGACAUCUUGGUGGGAGUGGAUACUCCCAAGCUUAUGGUUCCGACAGAAUUCAAGCCAACGAGCCCCAACCGCGGCUGGUUUGUACCCCCGUUUGGAGGCAAUCCCUGGUGGGUGUACCUGGUGUCGGCACUACCCGCCUUACUGGUCACCAUCCUGCUCUUCAUGGACCAGCAGAUUACCGCUGUCAUUGUCAACAGAAAAGAGCACAUGCUGAAGAAAGGAGCAGGCUACCAUCUUGACUUGUUCUGGGUAGCAAUUCUGAUGAUCGUGUGUUCCUUCAUGGGGUUGCCAUGGUAUGUGGCAGCAACAGUCAUCUCCAUCGCUCACAUUGACAGUCUGAAGAUGGAGACGGAGACCUCCGCCCCUGGGGAAAUGCCCAAGUUCCUGGGUGUGAGGGAGCAGAGAGUCACUGGUGUGUGUGUGUUCAUUCUGACAGGACUGUCCGUAUUCAUGUCUCCUAUUCUCAAAUUCAUCCCUAUGCCAGUGCUGUAUGGAGUUUUCUUGUACAUGGGUGUGGCCUCUCUCAACGGUGUUCAGUUCAUGGACCGUCUCCAGUUGUUGCUGAUGCCGGCCAAGCAUCAGCCUGACCUGGUGUACUUGCGCCAUGUUCCUCUGAGGAAGGUCCACCUCUUCACCUUCAUUCAGAUCCUCUGUCUGGCACUGCUCUGGGUCCUCAAGUCUACUGUGGCAGCCAUUAUCUUCCCCGUCAUGAUUCUGGCCCUGGUGGCAGUGAGGAAGACAAUGGACUACAUGUUCUCUCAACAUGAGCUCAGCUUCCUGGAUGAUGUCAUCCCUGAGAAGGACAAGAAGAAGAAAGAAGAUGCCAAGAAGAACAGCAAAUGUGGGAGCAUUGACAGUGAUGUUGAAGAUUCUGAUUUCCCCUACACUGAGAAUGUCCCCAGCAUUAAGAUACCCAUGGACAUGAUGGAACAGGAGCCUUUCUUAGGUGACAAAGCAUCUGACAGAGAUAAGUCCUCAACAUUCCUGGAUAGACACUCAUCAUGCUGAGCAGCUGCGCUUCUAUCAGGACAACUGUCAGACAAGUCCAGAGAUGAGUCCACUAAACGUGCCUCAGAUUAAGAUUGAGAUGGACCCUGAUGACAGUGGUUACCACUGGACGAGCCGAGGGUCUGAAACAUCUCUGUAGCCCCAGCAUUUCAACAGUCACAAGACCUUCCUGGAAGACCCAAGAACCUACUCAAGGACCCAAGACCCUCUUCCAAACAUCAAAUCCAUCCUUGAACAAAUGUUAAACACCACAAUAUUCACACUUGAAACUUGAAUAAUAAUAGAAAAAAUGCUUUCUAUUUUCCCUAAAACAAAUAAUGAAAACAAGUGAUUUAAGUGAAACAUAUCUGCAUGAAGGGUGGAGUUGAGCCUCCCAGGGAUCAACCAAUAGUAAGAGGACAGUGUCGGUUUUAUCGCCAGAUCCUAACCAGUAGGACAAUGACAAUACAGUUUUAUCACCAGAAUCUAACUAGUAGGACGAUGACAAUACAGUUUUAUCACAAGAUCCUAACCAGUAGGAUGAUGACAAUACUGUUUCAUCACCAGAUUCUAACCAAGGGGAAGAGGACAACACAGUUGCAUCAAAAGAUUUUAGGUCCGUCUUUUUCUUCUCUUCCCACGGGUCUAUGGAUCAACAGUUCUACUGUUCAAAAAAACUGUUCUGCUGUUCUAUGCAAGUCUUUCCCUGGUUGAUGAAAAGAAGUAACACGUAGAACCCACCAGCUAUUCAUGUAUACAGGAUAUUGUUCUGAUCUCAUUUUUUUAUAUAUAUAUAAUGAAUUAUUGUUAGGACAUUUUCCUGUAGCAGGAAAAUAAUAUUUUUAUUGAUUUUGUAGCUCUACCUCUUAUUGUAGCUGCCAGGCAUUGUGUUGAUUACUCCAGUGUGGCUACAUGGAUAAUACAGCAUAGGGAGGGCUGCCCAACCCUGUCCCUGGAGAUCUACUGUCCAUUAGGUUUUCUCUUCAACCCCAUUUAUGACUAACCUGAUUAAGCUUUUCAUCCAGCCAAUUAUUAGAAUCAGGUGGGUUAAAUUAGAGUUGGAGAGAAAACCUACUGGACAGUAGAUCUCCAAGAACAGAGUUGGGCAGCCCUGGCAUAGAGGAUACUGUACUUCAUAUCAUGUCCUUUUUAUUUCAGCUCUGGGACUAAUUAUUCAAAUGAUUAAAUGGUAUUAAAAUGGUACAUUAAAUGGUAUCAGAUAAAUAUGUGGCAUAGAGAUUUAAUAUAAGUAUUGCAAUUUACAUUCAUUAAUUAUUAAACAAUGUUUUAUAUUUUUUGGUCUAGAUUUUUUAUGACUUUUUUCACCAGUGUGUUGAUUGCUAUACAUUAUUAUGCAUUAGUGGUUCUGUUCAGCAUUGAUCAAUUCAUUGUUAUUCUUUAGUUGUUUUGUUCAUCAUCCUUCAAUACAUUAGUAUGGGUUAGUUGAUCUGACAACAAGACAUGUAACUCCCUGAUCACCCAAUCUGCAAUGAGAAUCACAUUCAGUUAUUUUGUUAUUUUUCAAACACAUAUUGCUGUAUUGUUGUGUGAAGAUGGUGGGUCUUUAAAGUAUUCACCCCAUUUGGACUUUUUCACAUGUUAUGGUGUUACAAUAUGAAAUCAAAAUGUAUUUUUACUGUACUACUAGCAUACAAAUAAGCAAAAAUGUCCAGUAGACAUCUGCAGUACAUUUUUUAAGUUAAUGCUUCAAAUGAUCUUUUUCUACAAAAUGAAUCUGACUGCCUGAGAUAUUCAUUUAGACGGUCCAUCUUUAAAAUUACUUGUAAUCUUCUUGUAUGCGCUUUGGACACUCACAGUACUAUCCUUCCCACGCUAAACCACCCUGUCCUAAGUAGUACUAUACCGGUCAGUACUAUCCUUCCCACACUAACCCACCCUGGACUUACUGGUACUAUAUCGGUCAGUACUAUCCUUCCCACCCUAAACUACCCUGGACUAACUGGUACUAUACCGGUCAGUACUAUCCUUCCCACCCUAAACCACCCUGGACUAACUGGUACUAUACCGGUCAGUACUAUCCUUCCCACCCUAAACCACCCUGGACUAACUAGUACUAUACCGGUCAGUACUAUCCUUUCCACCCUAAACCACCCUGGACUAACUGGUACUAUACCGGUCAGUACUGUCGUCCCACCCUAAACCACCCUGGACUAGCUAGUACUAUACCGGUCUCCUUCGAUAGGGUAAAACGAGCAGGAGACAAUUUGUGUUAUUGUUUAUAAGCAGGAUUCUACAAUGUGCCCCUUUAAUUUAAAGUUGUUGCCACUCAUCAACACAAACAAGAAACCAGGCAAGCCUAGUUCAACAGGCCUGCAAAAAGUAUUUUCACUUUCCAUGUCAAAUCUGCAAAUUGUUGCAAAUUCAUUACAAAUACAAAACUGAAAGUAAUUGAUCGCAUUUUCACAGUUUUUUAAACACUUAGUAAACCCGUAGUUGAUUUCUGUUGUAACACAAUACAAUUUGAAAUGGUUGAAUGUGAGUGAACACUUUUGACCUAGUAUGUACACUACAUUAUCCUAGAAUGUACACUACACUAGCCUUGCUUAUAUGCUUUCCAACUUGCUCCAGUCAAAUUGUCCUCCAUUAGACCAUACAACUGAACAAAAAUAUUUACCUAAGUGGCUUAUAUAAGGGGUUUAUAGACAUUAAUGGGGCAUUCAAUUGAUAAGUAGGACAUGCCAUAACCAACAUUAGCCAUUAAUAAUGGGAUUGUCAGUCAACAGUUAUUAAACACCAGCAGUGUUAGCAGACUACAGCAGUGUUAGUGGACACCCAGUAUUGUUAGUGGACACCCUGUAGUGUUAGUGUAAACUGGCAUUGUCUGUCUAUAUCUACUGGUCAAGUGCUCUGUGUUAAACAAUGUACCAGGUCUGGCCCCUGUCUGCUGGACCGGUGAGCCAGGUCUGAUAUUCACGAGUGCUUGUCCAGAAUCAUGUCUUUCCUCUCUACAGACAUCACUGCAUGUUGAAACCUUUCAUCUUUGUCACUGUAUUUGUUUCUUUCCAGAUGUCUGAAGAUCAGCACAUGACAUUAGGCUAGUUUUAACCAUGUUUUAACCAUGGUGAAGUUGAAUGCAUCAUAUGUCAGAUGUUUGUCAUGGACUUAGUUCAACCUAACUGACCAUCACUGUUUAAGCAUGUUGGACUGAUCCUAAAACAUGUAACAAUGUGCAACUAAAGCUGAAUUUCAGUACAAUAUACAGUAUACUGAUA